AUGACUAAAUUCGACUUCGGCUUUCGAAGCCGUAGCCAGGAUGGUGAGGGCGAGGGCUGGUUUGGCAAAGUUCCGCAGUUCACUAUUAUCUCCCGCCCGGGGUCGUCGUUAGGGCACAGCACCCCUUCGUCCGGACUGGCAACCCCGACCGAAGAAAAGGGCCUGACGAGCUUGCAAUCCUGCCCAGACAUUGGUCGACUGGCCUCCUGGAGAGGAGCCUUGAUCUUGCUGGUGACUUCCGGCUCCCAGUUUCUUGAUAAUGUUUUCAUGACUAGUUCGAACAUCGCGCUUUCCUCUAUCCAAGAAGAGUUCGGAGUCUCCAAUACCCAGUUACAAUGGAUGAUAUCUGCAUACACCUUGACCUUUGGCGGGUUCUUGCUACUAGCAGGCGUGCUGUCCGAUCGAUAUGGGAGAAAAAUGAUCCUCUGCCUUGGGCUGUUCUGGCUCUCCGUCUGGACACUCGCGAUCGGAUUUGGCCAAUCGUUUAUCCAGCUUGCUGUCUUCCGUGGUAUCCAGGGAAUAGGUGCUGCGUUGACUGUUCCAUCGGCGAUUGGAAUCAUCAGUUCCUACUUCACCGGUGUUGACCGUACUCGGGCAUUAUCUAUCUACGCAGCAUCAGGAACACUGGGAUUCUGUGUCGGCCUCAUCUUCGGUGGUUUCCUGACCUCGUUCUCUGGGCGUUCUGGGCGCUAUCGUCCUUCCCAAAGACGAACUAGCGGGAAGGAAAAGCCGAAGAUGGAUUACUUUGGAGCGUUGCUAUCUACAGCCGGCCUAAUCCUACUCCAAUUUGUGCUUUCGAGUGGAGGCGAUUACGGCUGGAGCACCCCAUUCAUCAUCGUUCUUCUUAUCCUCGCGGUCGCCCUUCUGGUCGCGUUCACUUUCCUCGAAUGGUACAUCUCCUACCCGAUCAUGCCCUUAGAUCUAUGGAAAAUCCCCAAUUUCGCAGGACUUUGGAUCGCAGGGUUUACCUGCUACGGCAGCUACCAAAAUGUCAUCUACUACAUUGUCCUGAUGGCGCAACAGGUCGACAAUCUGUCCGCCGGCGACACAGCCCUCCGCUUCUUGCCUAUGGGCGCGAUCGGGUUCAUCGCCUCGAUGGGAACAGGGAAGGCCCUCGAAUACGUGAACGGGAAAUACACCCUUAUCGCCGGGCUGGUCCUGACGGUGUUAGCCCCCGUCCCCAGCGCAUUGACCGCAACGAACUCAGAGCCAGACUUCUGGGUCAACGUUCUCCCCACAUCCCUUAUUAGUAUCACAGCAGUAUCGCUCAUCUUCGUGACAACGAGUACCACGAUCCUAACCACUGUUCCUGUCAGCGUCAAGAGUUUAUGUGGUGGAAUGCUGAACACAGCCUUCCAAAUCGGCUCCGGCGUAGCCCUCGCCAUCUCGGCCGCGGUCACAGAAGCAGUCGACAUCAAAAAGGGUCACAGCCUUGCCCAGCAGUAUGCCACCGGCCUCUGGUGUUCUGCCGGACUAGCAGGACUAGGUCUCCUCAUUGCCAUGAUUUCCGUUCGUAGACGAGGCAUUGGACCUGGCGAUAGGAACGAUACGCCAGUUGCGAUUUAA